GUCGAGCUAAUUUUGUGAUGACAUGAAUAUCCGUACCUUUAAUGACAACAUAAAUAGAGUUGUACCGUCUAUUAUUAAAAAAAUAACAAAUAACAAAACUGGAACAUUUUAACUCGCAGUUUCACAGUAGAGAUUUUCAAAUUGGCAAACUUCUCCACAUUGGCGAUCAUGCCGCCGAGAGACAAGCACAUCCUGUCCCCCGAUUCCCUCCCCUUCAUCAACACACACACCCAACUUCCACUUCUUAUAAUUUUCAAUACAACGCAUUCGAUCCACAAAUCCCAUUCUAUAUUAUUUCUUCGCCAGCUCUCAAUCCAUAAAUCCAUCACUCCCACAACACUCCCACAUCGCAUUCCAAUUCUCCGGCGCAGUUUCCACGCGAUGGGCAUCUCCAGAUUCAUUGGGGACUUUUUACAAACACUUGGCGGGGGGUUCCGGGCGGCCGCACAAUCCGACGCCCCACCGAGCAUCUCCCAGCCCCGCGCCGCCGCCUACGACGACGCCCUGCUGCACGCCCUGAUCACGGUGUUCGGGAUGCGGGAAAACGGGAGGAUCAAGAAGGAGAAAGCGAAGGGGGUGGUGGAGAAGCUGGGGCUGAUACAGGGCGAGGAGGAGAAGGCGAGGUUCGAUCUGCCGCCGGGGGAGGGCGGUGAUGAGGUGGCGGUGGAGGAGGUGAUCGGGGAGAUGGCGGAGGAGGCGGCGGCGGGGAAGCAGAGCGAGCUGCUGAGGGAAGCGUUCAAGAUAUUCGAUGUGGAUGGAGAUGGGUUCAUAGAUACUGUGGAGUUGAAGAGGGUGCUGCAAUGUUUGGGGCUGGAUAAAGGGUGGGGAAUUAGGGAGAUCGAGAAGAUGGUUAGAGUUGUGGAUGUCAAUUUGGAUGGGAAAGUUGAUUUUGGUGAGUUUCAAUUAAUGAUGGGUGUCAAAUGUCAAUGAUUUAAGGAUAAAUUUCUUUUCUUUUCUUCAUUUCAUGCCAAGAUUCUAGGAAAAAAAACUAGUAACUUUGGCAUAAUCUCUGUCCAAGCAAAACUUUUAAUAACAUGCACCAGUGUUGUGUUCGAA